AUGGGAGACGCUACCGAAGCAAUCUACGCCGAGCUUCCCCUCGGACGCUACAUUCGUCUCCUGUAUCUCGCUCCCGGCACCGGCCGCGACGCCAUCACAGCUCACCUCUCAACCUUUCCUCUCAUCUCGGCACCUCCGUACGACGCUUUAUCAUACGUAUGGGGCCACUCUGGAGAUGUCGAGCAGAUUGAAGUCAAUAACAGCACAGUCCCUAUCACCAAGAAUUUGAGGGCUGCACUCGCGAGAGUCCGGUAUGCAGACAAACCCCACGUGGUGUGGGCAGACGCGAUUUGUAUCAAUCAGCGCAAUAUCAGGGAACGUGGUCAUCAUGUUGGGUUUAUGGGUGCGAUUUAUAGCCAGGCGAAACGGGUCCUUGUUUGUCUUGGACCAGACGAGGAUGGCGGUGCUCGAGAUGUUGCCGAGUUGGUCGCAGAAAAUCAUCAGCUGGUCUCGAAGUACAAGUCUGUUGAGGAGAUGCCAAUAUUGUUAACCGAUGAUCCGAUUUUAAAUGAUGUGAGAUGGACAGCAGUAGCAACUUUGGCGAGGUGCGUGUGGUGGACAAGAACGUGGGUUAUCCAGGAGGUGGGACUGGCGAAAGAUCCGUGGGUUCUGUAUGGGGACUACGAGUUCAGUUACCGCAAACUCAUGACAAUGGCCAUGUGGGUGGAUAGGUGUGCUGGCCACUUGUUGCUCCGAGCCGGCGUUGAGUUCAACAGCAUCCAUAUCGAAUGGGUGGAUUGGUCCCCGGAAUGGGAGAAGAAUAAUUGGACCCAUGAACGGUCUUUCCUCGACCUCAUGAACCAGGGAAGUUGGCUGGGUUGUGCUGAUCAUAGAGAUCAUGUGUUUGCAAUGCUUGGCCAUCCUUUUGCGCAGCUGGAUGGCGAGAGCGAAACCCUGGUGAAAGCCGAUUAUUCCAAGGAUUUCCAUGAGGUCUAUCUCGAGUUAGCAUUGCAACUUUUGAAAGAGAAGAAGGGGCAUAGAUUACUAUCUGCGGUGGAACACAAUGAAAAUACAAUUAACGACGAUUUCCCGUCUUGGGUUCCCUACUGGACGGUCCAGGAAACCAUGACCAAUUUUGGCAUCUACACCGGCUUCCCUUACGGUGCUUCUACUGGAAUUGAUAUUUGUGCAUUGGACAUCCUUGGGGGAAAUUGCCUCCAAAUAAAGGGGGUCAUUCUCGGUGCUAUUACCAGCUCAUUCAAAUUCACCACUUCUGACAUGGCUGAGCCUGGAAAGAAGACCGAUGAAGAGUCAGUAGAUGCGAGUGAAGGCGUUUUUGGAGAAAUCUGGAGACAAAUACAAGAGAAUAAGUCAGCGUCUGCGUAUCAGUCCAAUUAUUUGACUGCUUUCUGUUUCACACUCAUAGCUGGUUGUAGUGGCUACGAUUCCGCCGAGGCGAAUCUGCAUCAACACCAGGAAAAUUUCGCGGCCUACGUAAAUUAUCGACUAGGUUCAACACCAGUUGAGCUCUCCGCAGAUUCGCAAGGAAGAGUUAGAAGUGGAGAUCGUGAGAAGUUCUGGCUCGAUAUGAGAAUUGUUUGUAGAGCGCGAAGCUUCGCAUUCACCGAGAAUGGCUAUUAUGUGUUGGGGCCGGCAGUUAUGGAGCCAGAAGAUUUGUGUUGUGUUAUAUUUGGAGCGCGUGUGCCAUUUAUUCUUCGAAGAACGGAGACGGAAGGAAAGUUUAAGCUUGUUGGAGAGGCUUACAUUCAUGGAGUAAUGCAUGGUGAAGCGAAAGUAAUGAUGGGUCGUGUAUGUUAUAUCUAA